CUGGAGGAGCUGCACAGCAGCCGGGGCAAGUUCUGUGACGACCUGAGGAACAACCAGAGCGAGAUCGCGGAGCUGAACAGGAUGAUCCAGAAGCUGCAGUGCGAGUCAGACAACGUGAAGAAACAGAUCUCGGCCCUGCAAACAGCCAUCUGCGAUGCGGAGCAGCGCGGCGACUGCGCCCUCAAGGACGCGCGGCAGAAGCUGGUGGACCUGCAGACGGCCCUGCAGCAGGCCAAGGACAAGAUGGCCUGUCUGCUCAGGGACUACCAGGAGCUGCUCAACGUCAAGCUGGCCCUGGACAUCGAGAUCGCCACGUACAGGACGCUGCUGGAGGGAGAGGAGAGCAGGAUAUGCACAGGCAACCCCGUGAGCGUAGCCGUGGUGAGCGGCGGUGGCACGGUCGGGGAGUGCCGCUCGCUGUCGGGACUCGCCGGGAAAUGCUCCGUCAAGGCCGGCGGGGCGGGCGCGGGGCUGGGGCUGGGGCUGGGGCUGGGCCCGUCCUUCGCGGUGGGCACGGCGGGGUUCAGCGCCCGCAGCGUGGACUGCCUGCCCAAGGCGGGCGGCGGCUUCGGGGCCCGCAGCGCCGCGGGCUGCGUGGGCAGGGAGGUGAUGCCCGGCGUGGAGAGCGUCCAGUGCGCGCCCGCCGUGGGCAACCUGGGCAACCUGGGCAACCUGGGCAACCUGGGCGGCGUGGUGUGCGCCGGGGUGGAGCAGUGCGGGCCCGGCGCCGUCCUGCUGCCCGGCGCGGGGGUGUGCGGGGCGGGCAGCAGGUUCGGCACGGCCGUGCGCGUCGUCAGAACGACCCGGUAG